UCUCCCUCCGAUUCUAAGAAACGAGAAGAGAGAAGUACGAAGCAACUCGAGAUCGCUAAGGUUGAGGGAUUCGAGCCGUAAUCCGAGAAGCAGCAGCAGGAGGAGAUGACGAUGGAGUCCGAUAGUAGAGUUGGGGCGCGCCAGGUGAUUGCUUGCAUUAAUUCCGUGGAGUAUCUAGGAAAAAGAGAGUACGCAGAGGGAGGAAUGGCUCUCAUACCGUGGCGGAGACGAUUGCUCGGUGGAAAGAGCAUGGUUGCCAGCUUGACUGUUCCAUGGAUGGUGAAAAGCCAAUCCGGAAACCACCUGCAAGAGGUUCAAAGAAAGGUUGCAUGAGAGGCAAAGGAGGUCCAGAAAAUCCUAGUUGCAGAUAUCGUGGUGUAAGACAGCGCACCUGGGGCAAGUGGGUCGCUGAGAUCCGAGAACCAAACCGGGGUGGCCGCCUUUGGUUGGGAACCUUCCCAACUGCUACCGAAGCUGCUCUUGCUUAUGAUGAUGCAGCAAGAGCGAUGUAUGGCAGUUUGGCCCGUGUCAAUCUACCUGGAGCUGUGAUGAGCAAGUCAUGUGAAUCAACUACGACUUCACAUCAUUCUGAUGCUAUCAAUGCCUCCGUCUCCAGCACUGGUCACAUCAAAGUUCCAAGCAUCGAACCGAAAGAUAAAGUUCAUUUUCCCAAGGCCGAAUUAGACGACGAGGAACUAAAAGGUGAGGCGGGAUGUGACAAGGAGCCUUCAUCGACAGCUGAUGCUUCAAACAUGGGGGUUUGUCAGUAUGGAGAUCAGACAGAUGCACCCGAGGAUGAAUUCUCCGUCGAGGAGAUGUUGAGGUUGAUGGGUGAUGAUACCGAAGUCAAUGUUCACGAUCAGUUUGGUACUGUCCAUGCAGAUACGAACUGGCAAUGCUUUAGUCCUUCAGGCAUGUCGUCGGGCUUCCAGAAUCCAGAUGCUACAACGUUAGGGUCUUUGUGGCGCACCGAGGAAAAUCCUUUCGACUGUAAGGACAGUCUUCUAUGGCCAUGGGUUGAUGACCAGGACAAAGGCCCGGAGGAGGCCAUAGAGACUUCAGAGUUUGGGGUCUCUUACGGGGACUUCCUUUCAAGCCCGAACAUAUGGUAAUCAUGAGAAGAUUCCUUCUUCUUCUUCUGUUUGAUAGAAUGACUCAGUUCUCUUGAGUAUUUUGUGAGAGACGGGUCGUCGUAUAGUCUUCAUGUUCUUCCCUCCCCUACUUGUUCGUGUGUAUGUUUAUGUGUUCUGUGUGUACAUAUCUUAUCAUUGUAGUGUACAAUAAAUAGAUUGCUGUAAUAUAAAGAAUAUCUCGUCUUCAC